CUAGCAUCGGUUUAUUACAUUAAUUUGUUUAAUGUAGAUUUCAAUGUUUGUGUGAUGUUUUAAAAUAUUUGCGUUCUCAAUUUCUCCUACAUAUAAAAAGAACUAUAUAAUUCGAACAGAGUUACUUUGUAUAUUAUAAUAAACACCAUUUUGAAAAUGACGGUGGACGGUGAUGAUAAACCCCAAAGGGACCGUGUGUUUAUGGAUAUUUCGAUUGGUGGCUUGCCGUCCGGUCGUAUAAUAUUUGAGUUAUUUAACGAUAUAGCACCUAAAACUGCUGAGAAUUUUCGUGCACUAUGUGCUGGAGACAUGGGCAUUGGAAAAAAUACAGGAAAACCUUUAACUUAUAAGGGUAUGGUCUUUCAUCGAGUGGUGAAAGACUUCAUGAUACAAGGUGGUGACUUUACUCAUGCCAACGGAACUGGUGGUGAAUCAAUUUAUGGAGGGACGUUUGAAGAUGAAACUUUUGAGCUCCAACAUGAUAGACCAUAUUUGCUGUCCAUGGCUAACAGGGGCAAGGACACAAAUGGUUCACAGUUCUUUAUAACAACACAGCCGGCGCCCCAUCUCGACAAUGUGCACGUAGUGUUCGGGCACGUGGCGGGCGGCGCGGCGCUGGUGCGCCAGCUGGAGGCGCUGGCCGUGGACCGCAACGCGCGCCCGCUGCAGGACGUCGUCGUCGCCAACUGCGGCCAGCUCGUGCGACUCAAGCCCGGCAAGAAGCGUAAGCAAGAAAAGGAAAAAGAGAAGGAGAGUGGGGAGGAAUCGGACCAGUCCCACAAGAAAGAUAGGAAGAAGAAGAAGGAUAAGAAGAAGAGGCGCCAUUCAGACCGUUCAGCCGACGAAGAGGUCCCCGAAGCACCGUCUCAUCCCCUGGUCACAACAUCUAAGAUAGACCCGAGGGAGAUACCUGAAGUACCAACUAACAGGUUUCUCAUGAGAGGCGGUCGUGAUCAAGACAGAGAUAAUAGGAAUGACGCCAGGAGGGACCGAGAAAGGAUGCAUUAUCGUGAAAGGGAACGUCACUCGUACACCCGCAGUGGGAGAAUCAUAAAAGGUCGUGGAGUAUUUCGCUACCGCACGCCGUCCCGCUCGCGCUCGCGCUCGGCCACGCCGCCGCACUGGCGCCAGGCGCAGCGCCGCAUCGUCAAGCUGCAGCACGUCGAGAUUGAACGCAGGCCUAUAGAACUCGAGAGACCAAAGAGCAAAGUGGCCGUGCAGCAUCACAGCAAAGAAGGAGAAGAGGGCACUCCUGAGAGACCGCGGGAGAAAGAGGAGGGAGAAUGUGAUUCAACUUUAGAUCAAUCUCGUCACGAGAAGAUAGAUUACAACGCGUUGGACUUCGAAGAGGAUAUAGAACAUGACGAUCGCGUGGCGGGCUCGGAGCGCGCCGAGCUGCUGGCGCGGGCGCUCGGAGUCAACCCCAAGCGGCACGACGAGUGGCGCGGCGAGGCGCGCUCCCCGCGGCGCGGCCCGCAGUCGGCCGUGGCCGCCGUGCCGCCGCCCGGCGCGCCCGCCCCCGCCGCCCCCGCGGGCCCCCCCGGGGAGUACGACCCCUUCAGCCUGCUGCGCAGCACCUUCACCAAGAACAGGCCCGCCAGUAGGAAAGAAGAACGUCCCGAGAGAUACGAUAGACACAGAGAGGAGAAGCAAUUGCGUGACAAGCACAGAAACGAGAGGGAGCAGAAGUACUCGGAACACGACGACAAGACCAAGAACUCGAAUAAACAGCACGUAUAUAAAGAGGAUAGGCGUCAACCCGACGACGAGAGAAAGUCGAGCGAAAGGGAACGAAACAAGGAACGCAGGGAUCGCACCGAUGUUUCGAGAGACAAUCUUAAAGAGGUGCCUCUGGAAAGGCAAAAGUCCAGAGACGAUAAGCGCGAUAGGUCUAGGGAGAGAUAUUGGUCCAAGGAGAGGAGCGAUAAGAGGGAGAAGGACGAUAGGAGGGAGAAGUCGAGGGAGAAAGAUAGGAAUAGAGAUGACAAGAAGAAGAAUGAUAAGGACAGGAAGACUAACUCGGCGAAUGUUAAGGAUAGAUCAAAAUCACCAACUCCUGAACGCAAACAAUCGUCGGAUCACAAGUCUACGGACGAAGAAAAGAAAAAGGAGGAAGAAAGGAACGAGGCUCGCAAGGAGCUGAUGGAGAUAGUCCGUCUCAUCAAGUCGAGGCAACGCGAGCGGGAGAGUAAAGCCUCAGAGACUAAGAAGAAGCGUCGUUCGUCGAGCUCGUCCUCGGACUUGGACGACCGAGACAAGCGGCACCGCAGUCGGAGCAGAGGGGCCCGGCCGCGCCGCUCGCGCAGCCCCCGCAGCCCCCGCAGCCCCCGCAGCCCGCGCAGCCCCCGCGCGAGGCGCGCCCGCCGCUCCGGCUCGUCCGACUAAUGCGUUGCCAUUACAUUACACAUCGAUGGUUCAAUUUUAAACCGAUUCAUACACUUGCACAUUCAAAAAUAUUUCAUUUUUUAUAAUAAUAAAUAAAAAAUGUCGUUUCCAAUGAAGUGUCUCAUAUUAACGAACCUUAUAUUACGAGCGGUGAUGUGUAUAAAUUGGUUUGAAUUCGAUUACAUAAUGAAAUAAUGUGUGCGAGUACCUUUACGUUGACUACAUUUUUUUCUUAAUAAUAUAACGGCCGAUUGAUAAACAAAUAGAUAAUUUAAUCUAUAAUUGUAAUUUUGUUCUUACUAUUCAUAAUUAUUCAAUAUUCAGAAACGACUCUUAAAUUCCAUGGAAUUAGAAAAUUGUUCUUACAUUGGGUAGUAAAAUUGACCGAAUUGUAAAUUUCCUAACGUGUAUAAAUUACGAUUGUUAUACUGAAGUAAGGAGUUUAAGCAAAAGUUUUUUUUUUCAUAUAAAAAUGGAUUUACAAUGUUUUUCUCUUUAAUCAGUGCUGUUUCUACACUUUUGAUUAUUAAAUUAGGACACAAGAAUAUGACGUAGUUUUAUAUACAUAAUAGGACCUUCGACGAAUUCGAUUUCGCAUUAGUUUUAUUUUUAAUUUGUAUGAUAUAAGAUACCUUUGUGUUUUAAGGGAAUAUAACCUUAUGAAUAGACUUACAUUAUGUUGGAUUUUUAUUUUAGUCAAUAAAUAUUUACGCUCUUACUAAUAAAUUGGGGGGGGGGGUAUAUAGUUGCACGAGGAAUCAUCUCAUUCUGGCAUCGGUAAUUUAACAUUUAAAGAAAAAGAUGUAACUAUACACCAAUAUCCAACGUUUAUUAGUAAGAGGGUAAUUUUCAAUGGG